UCGAGGCUUGUAACAAACGUUUUAGUCAUCAACCUCGAAAGCUUGAAGUUCAGAUUUAUUAUUGAAGGUUCUCGCUAAAGAAAAACAUGGUGAAAUUACAUUAUUUCAAAAAUCAACGUUACAGCAAGCUGAAGGCACAAUGUGAAAGAGAUGAAAGACUUUUUGUUGAUCCUGAAUUUCCACCCGAGACGAAGUCUUUGUACUUCAGUCGAGCGACACCUCCCGAGCCCGUUGAAUGGAAGAGACCGAAGGACAUCUGUGCCCCAGACCCCCCACAGCUGUUUGUAGAUGGGAUGAGCAGCCAUGAUGUCACACAAGGCAAACUUGGGAAUUGUUGGUUUGUGGCAGCAUGUUCCUCAUUGGCUUUAGAGCCAUCUCUGUUAGAGAAGGUGAUUCCAGAUAUGAAACAUCAGGAGUGGGAUCCUGAAAAUGUUGGUAAUUACCAAGGGAUCUUUAGGUUCCGGUUUUUCCGCCAAGGCCAGUGGACUGAAGUUGUUAUUGACGAUCUUCUGCCAACAAUUGCUGGAAAACUGGUGUACAUCCACUCAACAGACAAGAAUGAGUUCUGGAGUGCCUUGGUGGAAAAAGCUUAUGCCAAAAUGGCAGGCUCAUAUGAAGCUUUAGAAGCAGGAAAUACUGGUGAUGCCUUAGUUGAUUUCACUGGUGGAGUUUGUGAGUCUAUCAACCUCAAGGAUGGAGGUUAUGGUCAAGAUCAGGAGAAGAGGCUGGGCUUGUUUAAAAGUAUGCAGAGAGCAAUGCGAGAUAAAUCCCUGAUUGGUGCGUCAAUAAGGAUCAAAAAUAGAGAUGAGAUGGAAAAGCGAACAGAAACUGGUUUGGUUAUGGGACAUGCAUAUGGUGUCACAGCAGUAAAGAAGAUCACCAUUGGUGAGGGUCUUUUCAGUUUGUUCAAUCGACAGCAUCUUUAUAUGAUUCGUCUGAGGAAUCCUUGGGGUCAAAAGGAGUGGAAUGGACCAUGGAGUGAUGACUCUGAAGAGUGGAAAAAGCUUAAAGCAAGUGAUAGAGAAAAGUUAGGGAUUGUCUUUGAGAAUGAUGGAGAAUUUUGGAUGGCAUUUGAAGACUUCUGCACAUACUUCACAAAUGCCACCUUGUGCCAUGUCCUCAACACAUCCAUCUUUUCCUUCUCAAACAGAUGGCAUGUGUUUAAGCAUAACUAUCGCUGGUCACCAGGCUCCACUGCUGGUGGGUGUGUUGAAAAUAGAAGCACUUUCCUUAAGAACCCGCAGUAUGCUUUCACUGUCAAAGAGGAAGGUGAAGUGAUGAUCUCACUGAUGCAGGAAGACACAAGAAAGGAGAAAGAACAUGGUGCAGAAAAUCUCACCAUUGGAUAUUUUGUUAUGAAGGUGGAGGAAAACAGAAAGUAUCGCUUACAUACAAUGUUUGAAAAAGCUGGUGAUUCCAUCUUCAUCAACGCCCGAGAAGUGGUGAACAAGUUUCAUUUCAAGAAAGGAAGAUAUGUGGUGAUACCAUCCACAUACGAACAAAACAAAGCUGGGCAAUUUCUGAUGAGAAUAUUCACAGAAAAGUCCUCAAAAGCAAUGUUUCUAAACCAGGAGCACUCCACCGGAAGUCAAAUAUUCUGCUGCUUCCCACAAUGCCGUACUCCGCUUUGCGUGCUUUCCGUUACUGUUAAAUCAGCCGGCGGACUUCAAAAAACAAGCAGACUUUCAAUGACGCCUGAUCCAUACGCCACGAUCAGCUGUGAGGGACGAAAAGUCAAAACUCCUGUUCAGAAAGACUCGUUGAAUCCACAGUGGAACACUGGUGCGCUGUUUUUUGUCAGGAGACCUCAAAAAUCUCGCUUGGUUGUACAAGUUUGGGAUUACAACUGGUUCUGGGACUCAUUCAUGGGUCAAGCCAAGAUAGCAAUCGAUAUUAACAACAAAGCUGUCACAGAAACACACCAGCUGAUGGGACGAAUGCGAAAUCACCAGGUACAAAUGCCUGGCGUUGUGACCGUGGAAGUUAAAUGUUACCAGGAUCUGCUCGCCAUCUAAUGAUUUGAAUUAUAAUGUUUCGUUGUGAAAGAGAGAUCUUAUCAAUGCCUGCUUUCAUCUGACCAAAGGGAAUUAGUUAGGAAUAAAGUGCAAAGACGCUUUCUAUUUCUCAGGUUUGGCCGCAAUUUAGGAAGUAGUUCUUGCAGAAAGUAGCCGCUGACGUAAUGUAAGUACCCGUGUGCAAGUUCCAAUGUCACGCUUGUUUUUAAGGUGGCUAGCACUUGUUUCUUUGGUGCGGGAACGAAAACAAAUGUGACAGUGUGUAGCAUUUUUUUCCCUUUUUGUUCUUUGAUAAUUAUAAAUGUUAUAAUUAUACAAAGAAAAGAAUCUUUUACACCUUUGCCAUGGUAGUUACUAAUGACAUGACAACACCCGAUUUGGACAGACUUUAUAAUAAGUUAUUUAACUCAAACCUAUGGCGUUUAGUCGAUAGCUAUGGGGCUGCAGGUAAUAAAGAAUUUAGCACAGUUGAAAUGGGAAACUUUAGGCGAUUGUCGCUUAAAGACCUUUGUGGAAUAUUUUCAAUGAAAUACAGCCACAUUGCAAUUUAUAGGAAAUUAGCAUGCUUUUAAAAUAAAAAGAUCACGAUCCAGAAAAUCGGUCGAUGAUUCUUUUGCACUGUAUUUGUCACAAAAUUGUAAGUAUGGGGAAGAAAAUUUUAUUAAUCGUUUUUGUAGUUCUAAAAGGAAUACAAAAAGUAUUUUUCUAGUCGCUAGGAAAGCAUUAAAAGCCGUACCGGCUUUAUCAGAUUUAAAAGAGGUAUUUCCCAUUUAUACGCCAGGUACUCUCACUAAAUUAAGCUAAGUAUCGCAAACGCAAUUAGCAAACUUAAAUUCCCUCGCUAAAAUAUAGCUUGGCUGCUUGCUGGUGAAUAGUUCUCUGAACUUUUUCACCGGCAUGCUAAAUGCCACUAAGGAGUAUGAUAAUUAUUUAUGUUAGAAGUGUAAGCUCACUUACCCUAGCUAACCUUCAAUCCUUGAAAUCAGGCUUUGAGUAAAAGGCUUGAAUUGUAUUUUUAAGCUUUCAUGUGAGCUGUUAGUUGUUUUCGAAGUAUUUCACACACGCUGAAAACGUCAUUAGGUGUUUUUGCAGAAAUAAUACAUGAGAAAAGUAAGGACCUUAAGUAAACGGUAUAUACCAGUACAUAUUUUGGCAUAUGUAUUACAGAUGACAAAAGAUAGAGCGUAUAAAGUUACAGAGCUUACCAAGUUGUCAAUGAAGAAAGAACACUGAUCUUACGACAGUAAACUGGUCGUAAUUUCGGGUGCGGCUGGUUAUUUGUUUAAUUUUUUUUUUCUGUAUACAACUAUCGUAACAAUUUUGUAACACUACGUGAAUUGGGGAAUUAGUGAAAAAUAAAUUUCAAAUACGAAGUGAA